AUGGCUCAGCGGCGGCGGCGCAGCGGGGACGCCUGGGCCCGCGGCCUCGCCGCGCUGCGGACCGGACCGGCUGCCUUCCUGGCCCGGGCCGGGGCUGAUGCUCUGGCGUCCGAGCUGCUGAGCGAUCUGCGUGGAGAGAGGCUGAGCGAGUCCACCAAGGUCUCCCUGCUGGCUGCCAUCCAGGAGUUCCCCGCACAGCUGUGGCCGGAGCCCGCUUUGGCCGAGGAUGCGGCCUGCAAGCUGCUGGACACGCUGGCCCUCCUACCCCCGCGGCCCUCGGCCCUGCACAGGCCUCUCCUGCUGGCCGUCACCAGCCUGCUGGCAGCCUGCGGGGCCCUCGGCCCGCUCUCGGGAGCCACUAGCCGCCUGCUGCCUCUGCUGCUUCGGGCAGCCUCCCUCCGGGCGGCGGGGCCCGAGCAGAGGGCCCUGCAGGCCACGGCCUGCGAAUGUCUGCACGAGCUGGAGAGCUGCCGGCCAGGGCUGCUGGCGGGCCAGCUGGGGCUGCUGCGGGGGCUGCAGGACGCCCCGGGCACCCAGCCCCACCGCCUGCUCUUCACGCUGGCCCUGCGCAAUGCCCUCUGGGCCUUGGCAUGCUCUGGCGGCCCUGCCAGCCUCCACGGGCUGCUGAGGGCCAGAGGCGAGGGGGCCCAGCGUGGGGACACCCAGGCCUGGGACUGGACGCUGGAGGCCCCUGGAGCCCUGCAGCCCGAGCCCUGGGACUGGACCCUGGCCGGGGAGGACGUCUGCCACUGGGCAGCACCGGAAGGUCAGGGGGCCUGGCCAGAGCCGGGCCCUGCCCCGCUGGAGCUCCAGCCCUCAGAGGCCAGAGAGCUUCGGGCCGCUGUUUCCCAGCUGCUGGACGCCUCCUACCUGCUGACCCCGCCGGCCCAGGCCCGCCUGCUGAGGCAGCUGAGCCAGGUGCUGGGCGCUGUCAGGGGCCAGCCCCCGGCCCUCCUGAAGCCGCAGCUGGUGCGGCUGCUGGGCACUGCCAGGGUCUCCCUGCUGCACGCUGUGCUGGCCUGGAAGGACGCUUUCGGGGAGGCCCUCUUCACGGCCCAGGACGAGGCCCUGCUGCUCCGGAGGCUGGUGGGGGCUGCCCAGCACCCGGCCCUGCCACCGCCUGCCCGCCUCUUCUACCUCCACUGCCUGCUGCACUUUCCUGAGAACUGGCCUUUGGGGCCUGCCGAUGAGGAGGGAGCCCCGGUUCUGCUCACCCCCAGCCUGGCCACGGGCCUUCUGCCCAGUCUGCUACAAGACCCCCCAGACCUACUAGGCCGGCUUCAUCUUCUGUGCCUCCUCUGCGGGGAGGAGCUGGGGGGUGACAGCAACAGGGAGUGCCAGGGCCCCGAGGCCCAGGCCCUGGACUACCUCCAGGGGCUGCUGGCCUGCCUGAGGCAGGGGGCAGCUCAGCCAGGGGCCUCCCGAAGCUCAGCCACCCUCUGUUUCCGGGCUUCCUACCUGGCUACCCGCUGCUUGGCCAGCCACCCUGGAGCCCUGGCUCAGCUCAUAGAAGGGCUGGCAGAGGUCUACCGAGUUCGGCCCUGCCUGGCCCCCCAUUUUGUUGACCUUUUGGAGCAGGCUGGUCCGGUGCUGGCGGAGCCCCUGGGGAAGGCUCUGCAGCAAGUGGCAGUUGCUGGGUCUGGUGGGGCCCAAGCACUUCAGUGGCACCUUCAGAUCCUCACCAAGGUGGCUGGGAGCCAGCCUUUGGGCCCCACGCUGGCCUUCCUGUGGGCAGCCAUAGGGCAGCGUGGGGCCUGGGGCCGGGAGCAAUCCCUGCUUCGGGUCUGCAGAGCCCUCUUACGAGGAAAGGGCCUUGGGGGGGCUGCCCCGGGGGACCUGGCCAACCUGCUGCAGGAGCUGGCCCGGGGCCUGGAUGACCCCGAUGGCCGAGAUCGGGCUCGACUCUACUACAGCCUGUUCACCCACCUGUCAGCGCCCAAGCUGGGCUCAGCCAUGGGCCCCACACUCUCCAUUCCCAUGCUGGGCUCCUCCCUGGUGGAGGAGAAUGAGGGCUUCACCUCAGCUCUGACCGUACAGGAGGCCCAAGCCCCACUCCGCCUGAGCAGGGUUCCCCAGCAGGCCAAGGAGCCCCCUGUGAUCCUGGGCCUCUCUGUGGAAGCCUCCGAGGUCCUCUACUCAUUAGAGCUCCGCUUCCGAGUCCUGGGGCCACACUAUGCGCCCCUGGAGGCUGUGCAGGUCCCCUGCCUCCGCCCUGGAGCCUCCCCCAAGCUGCUGCUCCUUCCCUUGGAGCCCCGACGCCCCUACCCAGCUGUCCUGGACAUCAGCGUCCUCUAUGCCACCCCCAGUGGCCUCACCUGCUACGCACAGCUGCCCAUGCUGCCUGUGGCCUUUGCAGACCUCUUUUUGCCUCUGCCGCAGUCUUCUCCAGAGAAAACCCCCUCGUGUGCCUUCCAGGAGCUCUGGGCCUCCUGCCUGCCUGGGGGAGUGGAGAGCUGCAUGUGGGGUCCCUGGCGGGGUCACGCUCUAGAGACUCUGGUGACCCAGCACUGGGAGCCUUUUGUCAUGUCCGCUACACCCCCCACCAGCUACCAGGUGGCCAUCCGGCUCCCCCCCAACUCUCGGCUCUUGCUACAACUGGAGACUGCUGGGGAAGAUGGGGUGAAGGUGGCCUUGAGGACCGAUGAUUGGGCCGUAUUACCUCUGGCUGGGGAGUAUCUCCGAGGCUUGGGCGCUGCCACCUGAGCAGGGAGAGUGACUUGCUGGGUCAGGCUUCUGCUGGAAGACACUGGCUCAGGGUGAGCAGAGACUGAUUCUCAGGACAGCAAGAGGGACCUUGGGUGUCUGUUCAUAAAAAUCAUGUUUCUUGGUGAAAA